AUGGCCGACCCUCCUGCGCGGUCGGGCCCGCCGGCGGACUAUGGGCCUCUGUCGCCCAGUGCUGCGCCUGUCUCCGCCAACGCGUCGUCCACAAGGGCCGUCGGGGCGACGCCGCCGCCGCGGCCUGCGCGCACGUACUACUUGGCGUACGGCAGCGACAUGCAGAUGGCGUACAUGGCGCGGACCUGCCCCGGCAGCCGGUACAUUGGGCGGGCCGUGCUGACGGACUACAGGUGGCACAUCAACGGGCUGGGGCUGGCCAACCUGACGAGCGUCAAGACGGCGCACGCGCCGGGGCUCGUGUUUGAGCUCGAGGCGGGGGACCGGGCGGUGUUGGAGACGAACCAGUUCCCGCUGUACAAGAGCGUGACGGUGGACGCCGAGCUGAUCCCGGCGCCGUUCUGCUUGUACCGCCGGCAGGCGACGUGGAUCACCAAGAACGGCGGGCCGCAGGCGGUGCUGGAAGAGGCGGAGGCGCAGGGGCGGGGCAGCAACGACCGCCGGGCGUCGUACACGGAGCGCGGCAUCCUGGUGUUUAUCAGCACGGAGGUAACGACGGACGGGCGGCCCGACGCGCGGUACGCGGAGGCGAUCAACGCGGCGGCGGCGGACGCCAUGGCGCUCGGGGUGGAGCCCAUGUUUUUUGAUAGGAUUGUGCAGCCGUUCAUGCCGGGGCGCAUACUGCCGAUUUUGCGGGUGGUCCGGCGGGGGAAGGGGUCCAGUGACGGCGGUGGAGGUGCCGAUGAGACCGACACGACGAAGCUGCGGCCGGCAGCUGCAACGGCAGCAGCAGCAGCAGCAACACCAGCGAGCACUGCGACACCCAAGCGCCUGCCGUCGCGCGAGCGGCUGCCUGAGCGUGACGUCCUCACGCCGUCGCCGACCGAGGACGACAAGGACCGGCGCGGCAGCACGAGCGCCAACACGUCGACCGACAGCCUGGGCAGGCCUGAAAAAGAACGACGGUGGCUGACCGCCGACAGAGAGACGCGGGACAAGGAGAACGACAGGGACAGAGACAAAGAAAAGGACAAAGAAAAAGAAAAGGACAAAGUCUCCGUCUUCGGCGAUGCCCUGCGCUCCAUCUUCCAGAGACCGCGCUGGGACCGCAAGAAGGAGAGCGGCGAGAGCGCGGAGAGCGCCGGCGGCGCGACCGCACGCGAGGCGGCCGGCGGCUGGCGGCCCAGUACCCUGCUGACGGGCAGCGAGAGCGACGAGCCCAGCGUCCACAACAGCAGCGCCAACAACAGCAGCACCAGUGUCGGCACGGGCGCCCCGGGCCGGACCUUCCGCCGGGUCCGGCCGCAGAACGAGAGCAGCAGCAGCAGCACAACGGCACUGGACACGCGCACCAAGAGCAACCACCGGCAGAGCCAGAGCGAGUCGAGCCUGGUCGCCCCGUCCCGGUCGCGCCCGCCGGCGCCCAAAAUCACCAUCUCGCGGCCGUCGCGCCACAACACGCUGGAGCGGACCAAGUACGACACCGACGGCGGCAGGGAAGACGACGACGACGGCGACGAGGAGGAGGACGACGACGACGGAAGCAGCGACAGCGAGAUUGAAACCACCCGGCCUGCCGUCCUUGCUCGCGUUCCGUUGUCGCCGCCGGCGCGUCCACGACAACCGCCACCAGAACGUGCCAGCCCGCGCGCACCCGACACGAAGACGGCCAAGGAUCCCUCAGAGCGGAAGCCGGUGGGCGGCAGUGGCAGCAGGGCGAGCGCUGCGAGCACGACAAAACCCCCCGGCAAGAAACGACCGAGCACAGACGAGGUACUGCGGAUGCGGGCGGCGGCGGCACGGGCGCGCAUGGCAGAGAUGAUGCGCGAGUUGGAUGGCACGGAGGAGGAGAAGGAGGGAGAGAGUGACGAGAGUGGCGGGAGGGGCAAGGAAAAGGAGGAUGCCACAGCAAAGGACGAUACGAUCGAGGCGACAAAGGCGACAGAGUCGAUGAAGACGACAGAGUCGACAAAGACAGCAGAGACGACACCAGCACAACCACUGACACCACCACCGCCGCCACCCGUGAGAGAAGCACCAAAGGGACCCCGAGCACCGUCGACGGCAACUCCACAAUCACCGAGAGAGACGGAGAAAGAGCCAUCAGAAGCCGGAGGCGCUGAUCAGACGCAAGCGACGGACGAGUCAGAGGAGGAAGAAGCAACGAUUCUGGACACGACAAAAGAGAAGCCAGUCGAGGUGCCGAAGAAGACGGUCAAAUACACAGCAGACACCAAACUAGCAAGUCCGCCGACAAAGGCAGUGGCUCCGAGGCCAGCUCCUAAGCCAGCUCCCAAGCCCGCGGCCAACCCUGCGCCCAAACCUGCGCCACGAACAACGCCGACACCAGCCCCCGCUGCUAUCCCCGCUGCUGUCUCCGCUGCUGUCCCCGCUGCUGUCCCGGUUUCUAGCCGUGUUGCUUUUGUCCCCCGUCCUCGCCAUGCCCUUCGUCCUCUUCGUCCUCGUCCACCGCAUGCCGCCUCCACCGAACAGCAACGACACCACCUCCGCCGCCCCAAGUCCUUCUGCUUCGGCGUCCAGUCGCUGUCGCGCUUCGACCAGUUCCUGCUGCAGGCCGCCGACCACCCGCACUUUGCCACGAGGCCGUGGCUGCCGGCGUUCCAGGCCCAUGGCCGCGGGGGGGGGUAUGGCCGUGGUUGGGGCGGUGGCUUCCACGGCCACCUCCACGGCCAUUUUCAGAGUUCCCUUUACUCACCCACCCACAGCUCACGGUACCUGUAUGCACAGACGACCAUUGUGGCGACGGUGUCGCGGGAGAGACGGAUGUCGUUUUGA